UCCAAAGCAGCAUUAAUGGCUAUAGCUCAACCUUCAUCUCCCUUCUUGAAUGCACAAUUAUUCAUCCUUGGUCGGUUCUGUGUUCUGACUUACACUUGGCUCACUAUAAAAGUUUUGUUAAGAAAACUCUCUCAACACAGUCUUUGGAAAAUGAGUAUCCACAGUAGUAGACAGCAAAUUUUGGCAUUGUUCUUGGUGGCUUUAUUGUGCUUUGCCACCCGUCUUGAUGCCCAAGAUUCUACAACACUUGUUCCGGCAAUUAUUACAUUUGGCGAUUCAGCUGUGGAUGUAGGAAAUAAUGACUACAUACACACUCUCUUUAAGGCCAAUUAUCCACCUUAUGGAAGGGAUUUUGUUAAUAAUCAACCUACUGGAAGAUUCUGCAACGGAAAAUUAGCCACUGAUAUCACUGCUGAUACACUUGGCUUCACUACUUACCCGGCUGCAUAUUUGAGCCCACAAGCAUCGGGCAAGAAUCUCCUUAUUGGUGCUAAUUUCGCUUCUGCUGCUGCUGGCUUUGAUGAUAAAACAGCCAUCCUCAACCAUGCAAUUGCAUUGUCAACACAGAUGCAAUAUUACAAGGAGUACCAAUCCAAGCUAGCGACAGUUGCAGGGAGCCAAAAAGCGGCAUCCAUCAUAAAGGAUGCACUCUACAUAAUAAGUGCUGGAAACAGUGAUUUCUUACAGAAUUACUACAUCAAUCCUUAUAUUAACAAAGUCUAUACUCCUGAUCAAUAUGGUUCUUAUCUUGUCGGCAUAUUCAAUAGCUUUGUCAAGGAUUUGUAUGGGCAAGGAGCAAGGAGAAUUGGGGUGACUUCAUUGCCACCACUGGGCUGUCUGCCAGCUGCUAGAACAUUGUUUGGAUUUCAUCAGAGUGGAUGUGUCUCAAACAUCAAUACAGAUGCCCAAAAUUUCAACAAGAAGAUGAAUUCAGCUGCAACCCAAUUGGGAAAGCAACUCCCAGGCCUUAAGAUUGCUAUCUUUGACAUUUACCAGCCCCUUUAUGACCUCAUCAAAUCUCCAUCCGACCACGGAUUCUCGGAAGCAAACAGAGGGUGCUGCGGGACAGGAACAGUGGAAACAACAUCGUUAUUGUGCAACCCAAAAUCACCAGGGACUUGCAGCAAUGCAACACAGUAUGUGUUUUGGGAUAGUGUACAUCCAUCUCAAGCUGCUAAUCAAGUCCUAGCUGAUUCACUGAUUAUCCAAGGCAUCAACCUAAUUUCAUAAUUAUCCAACAAAAAUGUGAAGUUUACUGUUACUAUUAUGAGUUUUAUUUUACUCUAUAAGCCCUGUUAAAGCUACCACGUGAUUUACUUCUCUUCUUUUUUUUCUUUUUAAAUUUAUCGUUUCCUUUGUUUGUGGGGCUUCUUAUUUUCUUGUUCAGAUGUUGAAGAUGAAAGUGAUGUCUUGUAAUACUUACUUUUUCUGUUAUUAAUG